CAGAAAAAAAAAAAAGCUAUCAUUUCCUCAUUGUUCCGCCUUACGACGUACCCAAGACGACUAGGGUUUCUUUUUGGUACAAGAUCUUCUUUCCUACACGAUUCGCCUACGGUAACCUCGUUGCUAAACCCCAAAUCAAGCAUUCAGAACCUCGAAUCCAACCAUGGCAUCCCGAGAGGGAGAUCCGGCGUUAGGCUAUUUGACUCGGAAGGAAACGGAGGUCAAGCUUCCUCGACCAACUAGGGUUAAGAACAAAACCCCAGCUCCAAUUCAAAUUACAGCGGAACAGAUUUUACGUGAAGCACGAGAACGUCAAGAAGCUGAAAUCCGACCACCAAAGCAGAAAAUCACCGACUCCACAGAGCUCGCAGACUAUCGUCUCCGUAAACGUAAAGAAUUCGAAGACCUGAUUCGGAGAGUGCGGUGGAACAAGAGUGUGUGGGUGAAGUAUGCCAAGUGGGAAGAGUCACAGAAGGAUUUCAAUCGAGCUAGGUCGGUAUGGGAACGAGCGCUUGAUGUCGACUAUAGAGACCAUACAAUGUGGUUGAAAUAUGCCGACGUUGAGAUGAAGAAUAAGUUCAUCAAUCAUGCAAGGAAUGUCUGGGAUAGGGCAGUUACUUUGUUACCGAGGGUGGAUCAGUUGUGGUAUAAGUAUAUUCAUAUGGAGGAAAUGCUAGGCAAUGUUGCAGGUGCAAGACAGAUAUUUGAAAGGUGGAUGGGGUGGGAGCCUGAUCAACAAGCAUGGCUUUCAUACAUCAAAUUCGAGUUAAGAUACAACGAAAUCGAAAGAGCAAGAUCCAUCUAUGAAAGAUUCGUUCAAUGCUUACCUAAAGUCACUGCAUGGAUUCACGAUGAAGAAGCCGAAACUCUCUUCGUUGCAUUCGCCGAAUUCGAAGAGAAAUGCAAAGAAACAGAACGUGCGAGAUGUAUUUACAAAUUCGCCCUCGACCACAUCCCAAAGGGAAGAGCUGAAGAUCUUUACAGAAAGUUUGUAGCUUUUGAGAAACAGUAUGGUGAUCGAGAAGGAAUCGAAGACGCCAUUGUUGGAAAGAGAAGGUUUCAAUAUGAAGAAGAAGUUAGAAAGAAUCCUUUGAAUUAUGACUCGUGGUUUGAUUACAUCAGACUCGAGGAGAGUGUUGGGAAUAAAGGAAGGAUUCGGGAAAUUUACGAAAGAGCCAUUGCGAAUGUUCCACCUGCUGAGGAGAAAAGAUAUUGGCAGAGAUAUAUUUAUCUUUGGAUUAGUUAUGCUUUGUAUGAAGAGAUUGAUGCACAAGAUGUUGGAAGAACACGCGAUGUUUAUAGCGAGUGUUUGAAGCUGAUUCCUCAUAAGAAAUUUUCUUUUGCAAAAGUUUGGUUGUUGGCUGCUCAAUUUGAAAUCAGACAGUUGAAUCUCUCUGCUGCACGCGCUGUUCUUGGAAAAGCAAUUGGAAUUGCUCCUAAAGAUAAGAUUUUCAAGAAAUACAUCGAGAUCGAGCUGCAAUUAGGUAACAUAGAUCGAUGUCGAAAGCUAUAUGAAAAAUACUUAGAAUGGUCGCCUGAAAACUGUUACGCGUGGAGCAAAUAUGCUGAGCUGGAAAGAUCUUUAAGUGAAACUGACCGGGCCCGCGCUAUUUUCGAGCUUGCAAUCGCACAACCUGCACUUGACAUGCCUGAAUUGUUAUGGAAAGCUUAUAUUGACUUUGAAAUAGCGGAAGGUGAAUUUGAAAGAACAAGACAGCUGUACGAGAGGCUUUUGGAUCGUACAAAGCAUUUGAAGGUGUGGAUUAGUUAUGCAAAAUUUGAAGCUUCUGCCAUUGAAGAAGAAGAAGAAGAUGAAGAACAACUACAGCAACAAAAACAUGAUGAUGAAAAGAAGAAACUUUGCAUUCAACGUGCCAGAAGUGUGUUUGAGAACGCGAUUAAUUACUAUAGGACAUCAGCCCCUGAGCUGAAAGAGGAGAGGGCUAUGUUGUUAGAAGAGUGGCUGAACAUGGAAAGUAGUUUUGGUGAGGUGGGUGAUGUGGGAUUGGUUCGGGCUAAGUUGCCUAAGAAGUUGAAGAAGAGAAGACAGAUAGAAAUGGAUGAUGGGCCUACUGGGUAUGAGGAGUAUAUUGAUUACCUGUUCCCGGAGGAAACACAGGCGUCCAAUCUGAAGAUCUUGGAGCAAGCUUACAAAUGGAAAAAACAGAAGAUUGUUUCAGAUGAUGAAGAAGAAGAAGAGGAUGAUGAUGAUGAUAUGGAUGAUUAGUGUAUCUCUCAUUUUCUUUUCUUUUCUUUUUUUGUUGGAUUUUUGUUAUUUCUUUAAGCACUUUUGCUUGUGUAUCACAUUUUGCCCCUAUUGUGGAAUUACUAAAUUUGUAAUGAUAGCAACUAAAAUGAAUAUCAUAUUUUUUGUAUAAUGUGAC